CUCUCUCUCUCCCUAUCUCUAUCUCUCUCUCUGUCUCUUUCUGUCACACACACACACUUUUACCACCAUGGCAUCCCUCAUAUUGUAGUCUACCUGCCUUGGCUAGAUUUCUAUUGUCGUAAUGAAACACCAUGGACAAAAGCAACUUGGGGACAGAAAGGUUUAUUUCACCUCACAGCUUGCAGUCCAUCACAAAAAAACUCAAACAGGAACCUAGGCAACAACUGACACAGAACCAUGGAGAAGCCUUGCUUACUGGCUCACUCUUCAGGCUCAUGAUCGGUGAAGGGUUUGAAAGAAAAUGGCCCCCAAAAGGGAGUGGCACUAUUAGGAGGUGUGGCUUUGUUGGAGGAAGUGUGUCACUGUGGGGGCAGGCUUUGAGGUCUCUUUUGCUCAGGCUUCCCUCAGUGUGACUUUCCGUUCACUUCCCGUUUCCUGCAAGAUGUAGCACUCUCAGCUCCAGCACCACAUCUACCUACACGCUGACAUGCUCCCUAUCAUGAUGAUAAUGGACUGAACCUCUGAAACUGUAAGGCAGCCACUUCAGCAAAAUGUUUUGUUUAUAAGAGUUGCUGGAGUCAUGGUUUCUCUUCACAGCAAUAAAAAAUCCAAACUAAGACGUUAGGCUACCUUUCUUAUAGAACCCAGGAUCACCUGCCCAAGGAUGACACAGUGCGCUGGGCCCUCCCACAUCGAUUAUUAAUCAAGAAAACGUCUCACAAGCCUUUAGCUUACAGGCCAAUCCGAUGGAGGUGUUUUUUCUCAGUUGAGGUUUCCUCUUCCCACAUGAUUCUAGCUUAUGUCAAGUUGAAAACAAAACAAAACAAAAAAACAAAAAAAAACUAACCAGGACAGCACCCAAAGAAGCCCUUACUAGAGGCUUAAUUGAUGGGCUACCUGAUCCUAGACGUUAAACCUCCAAAACUGUGAUGAAAAUAACCUCUUUUGGUCCAGCUAGGCAUGGGGCUAAAGCACCAGUAAUCCCAGCAUUCAAGAUGCAGAGGCAAAAGGAUCACAAGUUCAAGAUCGGCUGGGCCUAAGGAGUAAGACCCUGCCAAUAGACACAUACCUCUUUUCUUUCUGAGCAUUGGGUUUCAGGCUUUUGUCAUAGGAACGUAACUCAGACUAAUGCAGUACAUUAGACAAGCUCCCUAAGGAGCUCACCAGCUCAGAGCCCAAGUGCUCGCUCUGCUGUAAGUAUCCUGACCUCCCCUGCCUUCUUCCAUCACAGACAGGGAGGUCAUAGAAAUCAUUCACAACUCUAAACUGCAGUGACUUUCAUCAACUAAAUAUCUCUGGAGAGCUAGAUGCCUCCAGGAGGGAAGGAUUAGCCCAGAUCAACAUCAUUCUAGGGGCUUUUGUUGGUGGUUAUAGUGUGAUGGGCACGGCAGUAGAUGAAGGUACUGACUCUUAGGCCCACAGGGAGUGGCACUAUUAGGAGGCGUGGCUUUGUUGGAGCGGGUGUGGCUUUGUUUGAGUAGGUAGGGCCUUGUUGGAGGAAAUGUGUCACUGUGGGUGUGGGCUUUGAGGUCUCACAUACGCUCAAGCCAUAACCAGCAAUUCAGUUCACUUCCUGUUGCCUUUUGAUCGAGGUAUAGAAUUCUCAGCUCCUUCUCCAGCACCACGUCUGCCUGCAUGCCACCAUGUCCCACCAUGAUGACAAUGGACUAAACCUCUGAACUGUAAGCCACCCCCAGUUAAAUGUUUUCCUUUGUAAGAGUUACUGUGGUCAUGGCGUCUCCUCACAGCAAUAGGAACCCUAAUUAAGACACCUGCCAUUUCUUCUUAUUUUCUCUAAGAACCCCUUCAAUGUCGUCUUGAUCCUCACCAUCACAUCAAAGGGUCGCCAACGACCUUCAUAUUUCUAAUUCUAUGAACUAGUAACUAUUUCAUUUUCCCUGUCUGCAUCUGGGAGACCUGACCAUUUUGUCUCCCUCCCUGUCCAUCUCACCCUUGCUACUCUUUCUCGGCCUCCCUUGUUUCUUCCUUCACACCUCCUUGACGAAAUGUUGGAGGCUCCAGAGUUCAGUCUCUUUUCAUUUCCUGCCCAUUUCUGCACCUUCCCUUGAUGAUCCCCUCAGCACCAGGAGCUCACUGUCUACAUGUGAACUCACACCUCCAGCUCAUCCCCUCUGGUAUUUGUAACUCCCCUGGCUUGACAAUGGCCAUAGCGAUCCAGAUAGAUGAUGUGCAUCAUUAUUAAGUCCAAAGCUGAGUCGGAUCUUCUACCUGACCCCUGUUCCACCAUCUGCCCCACCUCAGUUAGGGCUAAGUCCAUCUUUCAAGAUGCUCGUGUCAAAAAACAAAUAGUCACCCCUGAGUCUUCUCUCCUGCAGACCACAUCUGACCUGUUGACUCUGCACACCUGAGGCACCAGGAAUGUGGUCACCUUCUACCAGGGUCGUCUCCGCUUCCACAGGGAAUACUGUCUUUGCUUCUCUGAAUCGCUUCAAGAACCUCCUAGUCUCCCUGCUUCCAUCUGAACCCCAGCACCACACAACUCCACUCACCACAUGCCAGCCAGAGAGAGCUGGUAAAAACAUGGUCACAUUCCCUGAGGUCCCUUGAUUUACUCUUUUUCUCUUCAUUUCUUUGAUGAAACACCAUGACCAAAAGUAACUUGUGGAGGAAAGGGUUUGUUUGGCUUAUGUGUCGUGACUACUGUCCAUCACUGGCAGAAGUCAGGACAGGAGCUCAAGCAGGGCAGGAACCUGGAGGCAGGAGCUGAAGCAGAGACCAUGAAGGGGUGCUGCUUGCUGACUUGAACCACCAGCCCAGGGAUGGCACCACCUACAAUGGGCUGGGCCCUCCCCCAUCAGUCUUCAAUAAGAAAAUGACUAAAGGCCAAUCUUCCAGGGGCAUUUUCACAAUUGAGUUUUCCCCUUUCCAAAUGGCUAUAGCUUGUGUCAAGCUGGCCAAAACUAACCAGUGUAACUGGUGAACCCCCAUUCCACUUAGAAUGAAAGCCAAAGCUGUCAGGGCUCUGUGUGACUGGCCCCCAACCCUUACCCCUCUGGUGACAUCUGUUUCCAUUCUCACACUCCCUCUUCCAGUUACACUGAUCCUCUGGACAGUGUUUGGGGCUGUGCUUUCUUCUUCUUCUGAGACCCCACAAACUCUCACCUAGCUCACUCCACGUUUCUCAAGCCUCGGCUCAUCCGUCACUUCUCACUGACACCUCCUCUGCCACCUUGUCAAAGAUGGGAACUGCCUCUCCUACUCCCAGCCUUCCUUGCUGUCUGAGUCGGGGUUUCUUUUGCUGUGAAGAGACAUCAUGGCCACGGCAACUCUUAUAAAGGGAAACACUUAACUGAGGUAGCGGCUUACGGUUUCAGGUGGAGUCCAUUGUCACAUGGCAGGAAGCAUGGCAGCUGGGAGUGUGGUGCUGGCCACAUCGUGACCAGAAGGCAACAGGAAGUGCACUCAGACUCUGAGCAUAGGAAAGCCCGCCCCUACAGUGACACACUUCCUCCAACAAGGCCACGCCUACUUCAACAAAGCCACACCUCCUAAUAAUACCACUCCCUAUGAGCUUGUGGGGACCAACUACAUUCAAACUACCACACUUGCCUUGGUCUUCUCUUGUUUGAAUCCACAGAUCUAGCCCCUUUCUGAUAUGUUGUAUGCGUUCUUUAUAGUCUAGCUCCCCUUGGUGCCAUGAUGUCUCAGCUGUUUUGUUCAUUGUUAGCACCCAAGGGCUCGGGAUGGUCCCUAGCAUCUAACAGGUGCUCUGCAAAGAUUUGUCAAGUGAGUGCAUCUGUGAAGGCAGAAUUCCAAACCAUAUCUAUCUCUCAUUCAGUGCUCUGAAGUGUCACACGCCAGGACAGCCUGAGGAUGGAGGCAACAAUCCUGUCAAAUGUUUUCUCAUAUGUCAUUGUCCUUACAGUACCCUACCUCCCCAAACUGCAGCCUAUUCAUGUAGUUCCCAGUGUCCGCUGAUCACUACAGUGUGUGUGUGUGUGUGUGUGUGUGUGUGUGUGUGUGUGUACCAGCCUUUGCUCCUCCGAAGCAGCCAGGCAGUCACAGCCUCAUCAGAGAGGAAAUUCUUCCAUUCCUAAGACUCCCUGUUGCCCCUUUAGGCAAAGAGACUUUUGGCAGAGCCUGAAGGCCCUUCCUUUAUGUACUCGGGGGCUUUAAAGCUUGUCUUAUGGUCAGCCUCGUAUUCCCAGUAGACAUACCUCAUGAAAAGAGAACACCGCAACAGCAGAAGGCAACUGCCUGCGGAGGACCUCAGUUCACUCUCAAGCUGUUAGAAGCGCCUUCCAUAUUGCUGUUUAUUUCAGGCAGGAAUGCCUAGCCUUCUUUUUGCCAUUAAUGAAUAUGCAAAGAGAAGCGUAUCUUGGUUAAGGCCACGGGGAAAACAGGGCUGGAUGCUUAAGAGUGUCUUCUCUCCUACAAACAGGAACAGGUUCUGUUUUGUGACCCCCAAAUCUGUAGGCUACCUGCCGUGGGCAGGAUAAGUAAAAGAAGCCUCAAAAUACAGCUUGAGUCAGAGGAGGCCAGGGCUGAACCUGGAGUACAUUCCACCUGGCUGCUGACCCCAUGGGGUACUGUGAGCCUGGGGGCUGCGAUGGCCGCAUCUGGGUCAACCUGAUGCUAAGAUCCCGGUGGAGAAUCAGUCUCACUUCCUCCAGCAUCCUCAUCCCUGAAGACUUGCCUGCUAGUUAAUGCGCUGGGGAUAUGAACCAGCACUGAAGCUGCUCUCGGUUUCCAUGGCGACCACUUAAACUUUUCAUCAUCCUUCCUUCAGACCUUGGAGAAGAGCUAUGCUCUCCGGUUCCCAUGACAACCACUUAAAUGUGUAUGCUUGUCUGGCUCUAUUGGAAGAGAGUCGCUAGAGUUCAUGCAAAUGAACUUGGAUUAUUCUCUUUUUACUUGGAAAAUAAAAUAAAAUUAAAAUAAAGUGACACACCUGCUCAGAAGUUUCAGAACUCCAUUCAGAACAGGGAGGGCGAACGGCGUACCAAGCUGCCGUUUGAGGCAGGUGCACCUUGUCUCUUCCACACUUACAGCGGUUACCCAGAUCCUCUGGCUAGUUCUGGGGUCUAUUGGGGUGGGGUCGGGGCCCCGGUAGCCAGCUUCUCUACCCAGUGCAGGCUUUCACCAUUGCGGAGAGACGAACAGGAUUCCCAUCUCAGUGCUCUGCCACCAAAGGAGGCCCCAGACUUGGCUGGCAGCUGUGAAGAAAAGGGAGAUCAUUCCGAGUGAUGCUCAGGACUGAUCUCACUUCGCUAGCGGGACUCGAAGAAUGGACGGCUGGCAUUCUCAACUUCGAGGCCGUGGGCCGGGCAAAAAUGAAAGAGCUCCGGAGAAACGAGGGGGGAAAUGGGGAUGCCCUCUUUGCAGGUUUAGACACAUCUCGGAACUCCACUGCAGAGGUGUUUCCCCAAACCAGAGGUGCCAAGAGGCAGAAUACAGAAUAGUGGCAACACUGAAAACCACAGGUUUCCUCUAGAGACUUCCCAUUUCUCCAGAGGACUCAGAAAGUCUGUGGCAGAGUUGUACCUGAACAUGGUCUGCGGAGAGGUGUGGCACAUGCCCUUGAAGAUGGAGCCCGAAUUAGACUUCGUGGAGUGUUCCAGAAUGGCACAUUCUUCUUCCUGCUUCUUAGGAAGGAGUUGACCUUGUAACUUGUAGUGACAGAAACAACCCUAACUAACCCAAAUGGAGUCACAAGCAAUGACUGGGGAGUGGCGAGCUGAACAUUCUUCUUCAAUCUCCUUUCUCCAAAGUUCUUCUAAACCACUUAGAACAUGGUGGAGGUGAGUGUCCAGGGGAAACCAGGUGACAGGGAUCAGGAAGACCCUGCUGAGUGCAUUGAGGACCCCCUUUAUUCAUCCUCAGUUCAGACCCAGGUUGGAAACCCACAGGUGAACACUGAGGCCGCCAUUUGGAUCCUACUGAAGAGAUUCAUAAAUCAACCAAUCAUUCUGCCCAACGUAUCUGUCCAAAUCAGUGUAGGGAACAAUUGCCUGGCUGCUUGAUGGAACCGAUGGGUUCUCAGCACACUUCAGUGUAGUUCCAGACAGUCCCAGGCUCAGUACUUACUUCUGCGAUUUUCUUUGCAAAUUUUAAAUUGGUUUUUAUGUAUAUGGGUGUUUUGUCUACCUACGGUAUGUGCACCAUGUUCAUGCCAUGUCCCGUGGAGGCCAGAGAGGGCAUCAGAUUCCCGGAAGUGGAGUUACAGAUGAUGGUGAGCCACUGUCUCAGUUAGGGUUCCUAUUGCUGCGAAGAGACACCGUGACCAUGGCAACUCUUAUAAAGGAAACAUUUAAUUGAGGUGGUAGCUUACAGUUCCAGAGGAUCAGUCCAUUAUCAUCAUGGCGGGGAGGCAUGGCAGUGUGCAGGUAGACAUGGUGCUGGAGAAGGAGCAUGCUACAUGUUGAUCUGUAGGUAACAGAAAGGAGACUGAGUGUCACACUGAGGGAAACUUGAGCAAAAGAUAGCUCAAAGCCCACCGCCACAGUAACACACUUACUCCAGCAAAGCCACACCUACUUCAACAAGGCCACACCUCCUAAUAGUGCUACUCCUUUUAGGGGGGCAUUUUAUUUCAAACCCCCACAUUCUACCCCUGGCCCUCAAAGACUUGUAACCAUAUCAUAAUGCAAAAAUGCAUUCAGUCCAGUGUCAAAAGUCCCCAUAGUCUAUCACAGUCUCAAACUUAUUUAAAAGUCUAAAGUUCAAAGUCUCUUCUAAGAUUCAUACAAUCUCUUAACUGUAAUCCCCUGUAAAAUCAAAACGCAGAUCGCAUACUUCCAACAUAUAAUGGCACAGGAUAUACAUUACUGUUCCAAAAUGUAGGGAAGGGAGCACAGUGAGGAAAUACUGGACCAAAGUUAAGACCGAAAACCAGGUGGGUGGACUUCAAAUUCUGCAUCUCCUCAUCUGUUGUCAAAGUGCUCUUCAGAUCUCUAGCUCCUUUCAGCUUUGUUGAUGGCAACACACUUGUUCCUCUUGGGCUGGUUCCACUCCCUGUUAGCAGCUCUCCUGGGCAGGUAGCCCAUGGCUCUGGCAUCUCCAACAUCUCGGGGUCUCCAAGGCAAUGUGCAUGCUGGGAAUCAAACUCUGAUCCUCUGGAAGAGCAGCCAGUGCUCUUGGGUGCUGAGCCGUCUCUCCAGGACAACUCGAUGUUUUCUGGAUGGCCACUGCUCUGUGCUUUCUAGACAAGGUUUCUUUCUGUAAGAUGGGCAUGGAUGGGCUUGCACCACUGAGCUGCUGAAACAUGCAAACAAAAGCGUGUUAAUUCUGUUAAAAUGCAGGCAUGGCGGGGCCGGGCCACAGGCGAUGAAAGCCGUAAAGGCAAAUAGCCUUCGUGGUACCUCUGCCCUCCCAGGUGUUUCAUGUCCCUUUUCAGAAAAGUGAGAAGAGUCUUUUCUUAUGUCGCUUUUCUUUUCUGGCUGCCUGGAAUUUAACCCUGGGGAAUGAAAGAAAAUGCCUACGUCAUUACCGAGAACAAGCCUGGGACCUUAAUAAAAACAGCACACUGUCAGGGAAUUGAGUGAUCUCAGUAAGAGACUGUGUCUUGUUUUCCUGCGAAUAUUUUUAGGGUUCACGACGGGAGCAACAAAUGUCAAGGAAAAGCUGAAAGAAACAAGGAAUGCUGGGAAGACUGGCAGGAUGGGGAGAAGCCCAGCAUCCCUCGCUCUGCCCCGAAGGCGAGCAGCAUGUGAUCGCACCGUGUUCCGCAUCCAUAAGGGAGUCAAGACGUUCUCCUUCUGCAGGAGAAAAAACCUGCUGGUGACAGGUGGGGUGGACCGAAUCAUCAGGGUCUGGAAUCCUUACCUGCCAGGAAAACCCACGGGUGUGCUGAGAGGCCACAUGGCUCCUGUGGUCUAUGUACACGUGUCUUCUGAAGAAAACAAAGUAUUUUCCAUGUCUGCCGACAACUCUGUCAAGAUACACUGCCCUGAUCUCUGCCAUCAUCUUCAUGUACUGUCUUCCCGCUGUGCAUCUCUCCCUAACUCUCCUCUUCCUGCAAACUCACCCAUCGUGCCGGAGUCUAGCCUGCUCCAGGAUGGCCUCAUCUUCACUCACUACUUCUAUCUCAACAACCCCAUUUCCAAAUGGAUUCCCCGUCCUGAGAUCUGGGAUCUGGAGACCCAUGGCUGCUGCUUCACAGCCUCUUCCAAAGCCAGUGGCAUCAAGGGUGAACUGGCAGCCUGCCUCUACCUCUCUGGACCUAGAGCCCUGUGUGUGGCCACAGAUGCCCUGGCUUUUCUUCACCUGAAAGUAGGAUCUGACCCAGAACCCCACCUAGUACGUUCCCACCAAGAGCCUGUGGUCUGCUGCAGGUACAACCCAGCCUUCAGGCAUGUGGUCAGCUGCUGCGAAGCAUCCGUAGUGAAAGUGUGGGACUUUGAGACAGGAAGACAGGUGUCUGAAUUUAUUGGGACUCAUGGCAAUGCCGGUGUCACCUGUCUGACCUUUGACUCCAGCGGAAGAAGGCUCGUGACUGGGGGCAGAGACGGCUGUCUGAAGAUGUGGAGCUACAACAGCGGACACUGUCUCCACACGCUUCGGCACGAUGAAAACCGAAGUGAGGUCUGUGAUUGUACCUACAUGGAGGUGAAUCAAAACAGGUGUAUCAUAGCUGUUGGAUGGGACAGAAGAAUAAAUGUAUAUUUUGACAUACCUGGUGAUUUUCAUCAUUUCUGGAAGCCUCAACCCCGCUGGCAGGAUGACCUGAACCAUGGGCACAAAGAGGACAUCCUCUGCGUGGCUCAGUGCCCGCCUUUUCUUCUGGCGACCUCCAGUUAUGAUGGAGAGAUAAUAGUUUGGAAUGUCAUCUCGGGCCACAUGUACUGCAAGCUGAACCCUCCCAGCCCCGUGGAUGAAGGCCCAGACAGAAGUGUUUCCCGACUCGCCUUCCUAAAGACUCGGGCGACAAAGCUGGACUCAGCAGCCGCCUCCCUCAUCAGCAAUGGACCCGGAGGGUCCAUCGCUUUCUGGAAGCUCUUCAGUGGGGCUGGCCUCCUUGCGAACUUCACUCCGUCCAGAGGGAAAGCCCCAGUGAGCAGCAUUACGGUGACAGCAGGAGACACCCUUGCCUACCUGGCUGACCAGCAAGGCUUUGUGCAUGUCUGUGACAUCCAGGAGUACGGCCUCCAGGGACCAGAGCUGCAGGCUCCCAAGACAGUGACAUCCUGGAGGGCUCAUGUCAGCAUGGUGACAUCUCUGGAGCUGAUUGAAGGAGAUAACAUCUUAUUGUCAUCCUCCCUGGACAGCACUGUGCGCCUCUGGAGCAAAGAUGGCGCCUACAUAGGGACCUUUGGGCAGAAUCACCCCUGGGAUGUUUUCACCCCUGCCUCCUGGAGUCACCCAAGAGUCCCCUUUGAGGUUCUGACAGACCCUCAGAGCAUGCCCACCCACCUAGUACUGGAAACAGAUGUUGCUGCUGGGUGCUCAGGAGGACGGCAGGAGCAGGGCGGUGUGAUGGAGGAGAAGGUCCUGUUUGAGACUGAAAAGACCCCUCCCCUCCCCUCCCUAGAAGGUCCCCUUGUUGAAGCGGAGGUGAAAGAAGACAAAAGCCCAUGGUCUGCGUUUUGCCGCAGCAGACUGCUGCCAGCAAGAAGAAGGCCUCACUGGAAGAUGCCCGAGCUCAAAUGGCCCAGCAUUUACCAGGGCCUCCGGUGCCAUGAGGUCGCCUGUGUGUCUGCUCCUGGGGAGAAGCCAGAUCUGUCCAUCAUUGGUGCGGACGCGUUCACCAUCAGUUUCCACAGCCAGGAAAGAGAGGCAGAGCUGCUGGGAAGGAAGGAACUCUCACCCUGGAGCAGUUUCUUGCCCGAGUGCUAAGGGCCUCCGCUUCCGUGCUUGGCUAGUUCUUUCCUGUGUAAUGGAAAGGUCUAACUGAGAUUGAGCUUUGCCCUGUGGGAGCAAAGGAGAACAAAAAGAAAAAUGGUCUCAGCCCAGGUGGGCUCAUCCCGCAGCAAUUAGAGCUGAAAUUUCAGAGAACAAGUUGGAUUCACAGUGUUCAUUCUGGAGAGUCAAUGUUUGACUGUGUGUGGGAAAUCCAGAGCAGGUGGCCACAGCCAGCUCCUCCACAUUCCACCUACCACUUAGGGCAUCUGCCUCUGGGGAGGCUGAGGGCAGGGCCGAGCAGGGAGGCUGCUGGGAAACACAGAUGACAUUUUGCUAGUGUGCUUUUUUGCCAGGGAGGCCUGCUUUCAGACAGAUGUGGUCUCCCAUCAAUUCCUAACAAUACCCUGGGUAUAGACACUGUUAGCAGCUAUCUUACCAGUGAGGAAAUGGAGACUUCCAGAAGGCAACUGCUCUAAGAGAUAGAGAUUUAUCAAGAGGGACUUGGCUUUUCCUCCACCCCAAUACUCAGGAGAGGCUAGAUGUGGCUCCUAGGAGCUGGGGGGUGGCAGGGAUGGGGAUCAGUCCCUCUGUGGCCAGUAUAGGUGCCAGAUCAAAGGAGCUGGUGGCCGUUCUGUCCCCUUUUAACCCUGACCACACCGGGGCUGCCAGUGAAAGAUCUGCAGACUGAAUGAUGUUCUGGGUAUUGAGAUAGAUCACUGGAUUUUUCUGGUUUCCUUAUAAGAGACACAUGGGAAAGCGGGGGAAGAGAAGGAGGAGGAGAGGGGGGAAGGCAGGGUGGCCCCCAGAGCCUGGAAGAGGCAGACAGGACGCACUGAGACACCCCCAGAGCACGUUCUGCCCACACCUUGGUUCACAAUAAACGUGUGUUUGAAGGCAGCCUAUGGUUACUGUGUGCCAGUGGCAGGCCCAGAAAGCUAACACAGACCCCAUGCUUUCUAGCAGGCGGCAGAGUCCCCUGAGGCACGUGGAGCCCCGCCAGAGCUGAACUGCAGUUUCACUUCCUCAUGCAGUUCACAUUUCAUGCGUGUCAGGCUCCUGGUACACUCUGGGGACACAAACGGAACUAGGAAUCUGCUUUUUUUCCAAAGAGCAUGCAGCCUGGUGGCACAGAGAUGUAUAUCACUAUGAAGUAGCACUGUGAAGGAGAGGGGGCGGGGCUCAGGAGAUUGGGGACGGUCCCUGGGGAAGGGGUUCCUGAGCAGGGGUUUGAGGAACAGGUAAAGGAUGUCCUCCCAUAAUGCAGAUCACUCCUGGGCCAAUCCUGUGUGGAGCUCUGUAUCUAUGAACUAGUGUGUGUGUGUGGACAGGCAGGGCUACCAUGCCAAGGAAAUAGAAUUUGGGGUGAACUAUGGUCCUUCUCACCAAAGCCCCAGGCCUGCCUUAACACCUCUCUUCCUCUUCUCAUUUUCAGGACCCUCUUCAGCCAGCCCAGGUUUCCAUACCAAUUGUAGGACAAUAGCACCCAGCCACUGCUCUUAAACCAGGGCAGUGGGAGGAGUGGAGGGGGAGUAGGGGGGACGGGGCGGGAGAGGGGGCAUACUAACUCAGGGAGAAAAUGGUGCCAUAGGAAGAAUGUGAUUCCACAAGACGCUGGCCAGAGUUGCGCUUCUGUUACCCCACAGGCCUAGGCCCACAGGUCUGCUCUCCUGCACCAGAGGUGGCCCCAGUCCUGACUGUGCCCUCCCUGUGUCCUGGAAGCGACCAAAAUGCCAUCUACCACACUGGUGACUGGGCUGAUGCAAUCUUUUUUAAAAUAUUUAUUUCCUGUCUAUGAGUGCUCUAUUUGCUUGAAUGCCUGCAUGAUGGAAGUGGGUAUCAGACAGAAGAGGGCAUCAGAUCCCCUUACAGAUGGUUGUGAGCCACCAUGUGGUUGCUGGGAAUUGAACUCAAGACCUCUGGAAGAGCAGCCAGUGCCCUUAACCACUGAGCCAUCUCCCCAGGCCAAGCCAUUAGGUCUUAAUCACACAAUUUUAUUAUUUCUCUGAGGAAUGGAGUUAGAAAUGCUUUGUGACGAGACAACUGUAUUGUAAGUGCAUCAAGGAUGAAGUUAGCUAUUGGCUGACACAGAUCCUUCCAGAAGGUCCCAGGCAGGAAACAGGUAUGAGGCUGAGGGCAAGACCUGGGGAAGCCAGAUGGACAGAUAGACACAGGACACUCAAGGGUCCCUUGAGUUUGCAGGGUUAGUCUCUGAUUUCCAGGUCUUGAUUCAAUGGGCAAAAGGCAAGUACAGUAAUCCCUUGAUAAAUUGAGCUAAGAAGUCUGUGUUCUUCAGACCUAGUGUGGACCUUCCACCCCCAGCCCUGGUUCCCCGGGAUACAUAUGGACUCUCGAAGUCAUUUACUGCCUCCAGGUGACCAUUCGAUUUCCUAAUUCUGCCUGUCCAGUAUGCUUUUGGAACGCAGCAGUGAGUGGUCCCUUCUACGGCAACCAUUUGUAGAAAUCACCAGAGCACAUUUUGUGGCUCUCCUGUCCUGUGCAUCCUCAUAGGCCUGGUCUCCCGUCUAGUUUUCUGGCCAAUCCUUUGGUUUCUUCUGACACCCUCAAUACUAGCCUUCUGAAGGUUUUUCAUGUGGAGCCUAUUAGUCACUCAACAAUAGUGGCUGGGUCACACACCUCCGCUCGAGACAGUGAGUUCGUGGAACUCAAGUUCCUCUUGGUGGAACACAUCUGAGCAUCCACACUUGCUGCCUGGACCACUGCCUGCUCGGUCUGUUUCAGCUUGGCCUUCUGAGUUUCACACCCAGAGCCCUGCUGUAUUGAACUGAACAGCCACCAUUCUUCCUGUGGCCCACUCUUUGGACCAUGUGCUUUCAGCUGGGUUCUUUCAUUGACCAGCCAGUGGCCUGUCUAGCACAGAGUAGGCUGCCUCCUCCCUGAGGACAAGGGCUCAAACCUACACAGAACACACAACAAUCCAAACAGCCAGAACACACAGCUGGUGUGGGAAAUGCAUCAGCCCAAGAGUGCAGAAUGGACAUUUUGCCGUCUAUACAUGUGCCCUGAGAGGUAACACCAUAGGUUUUAUCCUCAUGGCUGCUAAGCCCAGGAUUCAUUUGAUCUUAGCUAUAUACCAUCCAAUAAGGAUAAACAGGACUUUAAUCAGGUUGCCCCGGCAGCUUUACCUGUCAGGUGGCCAAAGGCCCCGCCCAGGUUAAAAGCUUUGGUCUGGUAGGUGGGAAGCAUCCAAAAUUCUCAAGCAAAACUUAAGAUCCUGAACUGUUGUGUGGAUCGGGGUAAUUCCAGUCAGUGAUCUUUGAUUGUAUCUCAGAUCCAAGAGUUGUAAAUGACGUUUUGUGAGAGAGUGAUGGGACCUGAUGCUACAGCUGUAUCAGGAGUGUUUUCUUGGGCACAGCGGGAGCCAGUGUCAGGACAGAAGGCCCCUGUGAGAAGUGCAUGGGAAGAUGUGUGCUGAGCCUGAGAGAGACUGGCCCUGUGUUCGCACCGUUUUCUGCCCAUAAAGAUGAGAAAUGAGAGCAUUACAGUACUAACAAUAAGUGUUGACUUGGUGGUUAAGGGUUUGUUGAUGUGUGAAAACAGUCAGAAUCCAGAAGGAAUUGUGUCAAGCCGCAAGCAAAAAAUAGUAAAACCCGGAGGGACCUUCAAACUUUGCUAAAACCACAAGGACCACCCACACCCCAGCCUUCAGUGAAGGCAACUGUGCCCAUCCAGAGCAUCCUCCCGUAAAAGCCAACCCCGUGCCCAGCCUCACUCAGGUCAUCCAUCCUGACUCUGUCAAUCCUUGCCUGCCUUACUCUUGUCUCUAGAUGCCCACAACCGUCAGUCAUGAGCCCAAGGAGUCUGGGUUCAAGUAUGCUGUGUAUUUCUCAUUUUGCCUUUGAAACCUCCCUCCCUUCGAGUGCGCCCACACUUCCCACCACUACUCUUUGAGAAUGUGCUCAACUGACUUGGGCAAAUGGCAACUCAGAAGUCCCUCAUCGGUCAGCACGCUUUUGGGACCACAAAGAACCGUCUGAUGCUUCUGGGCUGCAAAUUAUAGUUCUCUAGACAUCAUUGGCACCUUCUGGCUCACAGAUGCCCCGGAACCUAGAGGGAGCCCUGGGCACCCACCAGUAACAAACAGACUGGGGUUCCACUAAACACACAGCAGCGGUGUGUGGUUCACCAAUCAGGAAGCAAGGCAUGCUCCCGAUGCAUGGCAGCAUGGAUAUAGAACACUUUCAGACAGCACCAAAGGGGGACCAUGCUUGUGCGUGCCGUGUGCUGGGGUACUGCAGACUCAGGGACGGGUCAGCAGACAGCUCACCUACUGUCAUCAAACCCACAGUGGAUGCUCACUGUGCAAGAUCCUAAGACACUGCUCUAGUUGCUUCAAUAACCUUUAACCACCAUCGUGGAGGCACGAGCUCCUUCUACAGAGGGAAUUAAGUAGCUGAGGGCGACGCCAAGGUCAUGUGGACCUUGGAAAACCACCAGGAUCUAAAUGAGUUAUCAAGCACUUGGUAAUCUUGUCCAGACCUUCUUCCCUCCCCUCAGCCGGGCCCAUCUCUGUACUUUUCUAUAUUUUGUUCAUCAUAAAUGCAACUCCAAGCACAUUGGAAUUGGAAUUGGUUUGCUUGGAUAAGACUUGCUGGAGUUUGUAUGUUGGAGAUGCUGCCCUCAGGAGUUGGUAGGUAACUUAGGGGACCAUGCUUAUCUCUGCUUAGAGCAGAGCAGGACUGGCAGCUCCCAGUCUCUUUGGCUCCCUCACACAGCAAUCAUCUCUCAAGCACUCCAUCCUUGAGGGCAUCCACCGUUCUGUGAUGCAGUCAGGGAAUUUUCCAGAGCUAGUGCUGUGCCAAUUGCAUUUCAGCUUCCAAAAUGGAUCUAUCUUUUUAUAAUGUGCCCACCCGAGACUACCAAAAUAUCAACCAAUACAGCAGGAAAUCUCCAGGGUGGUGUCUGUGCACAUUAGGUAUAAGCUUCCCAAUGCCCAAACUGAAGUUUUCAGACACAAAAACAAACACACAGCCUUACGUUUGAGAGGUCUCUAGCUGUGGCACACUGGCUAAGGAGAAUCUGGAUAGAACCUUGCUAGCAGGCAUGCCUUUGAAGACGAUACUGACCAAAUCUGCUUUUUCUGGGCUUCCUGGCUGACAUGAGGUGAAGAAAUUUCCUCUGCCACUUGCUGACAACCAUGGUUCCCUAUGCUAGGGAGCCAAAUGCUACUCUAUAUAGCAAAACCUUUAAGGCCAACUGAACUACUGAAGAACAAUCGAGCCCAACCAUGGUGGGAUUCGGCUUCAGACAGAAUUCACCCACGUUGUGAACUCGUAAUACUGGGCAACACUUGAGAACUUCUGGGCUUACAGUUGUAGAAAAACCUUGGGCGGGUCCUCAUCAGCACACCUGCCCACACAGUUGGUCAGCCACGAGAGGACAAGGGCCAGGCUGGUCAAGGGUGCCAGCAGGGUCUGCCAGGGGGGAUCUGAAGCUACUCUCUGCAGACACUGUGCCGUUCUGAGUCAGCGACGAAGCCAGCGGUUUAGAAAUGACACCACAGGGUGAACUUUAUUGAAAGCUCAUGAGGCGUUCACAAUGAUCACAUGAUCGGACAGCUCCCGUGUCACACUCCACGGGACAGUGCACUGUGUGGGGAGUUACAGCCUUGCUUCGCAUGCUGCUACAGCUCACUAGCUGCGCUGUGCUCGUUGGGUUUGUAAUAAUGAAAGCAAAAUCACUCUACGGGACAGACUUAGUUCUGGAAAGCCCUUGUGCCAAUCAGACUUCAUCUCAUUUAUAAACACCACGGCCACACACAUGCGGAAAUGGACAGCAAAAUGCAAAAGAACCCAACCUUGGUGAGAACCGCUCCCAGAUGCUCAUCACGGAGCGCUGGACAAGCAAGUGGAGUCCGUCUCCUCGGCAAACACUCCACUCCUCGGCGGUCCCAGCGGCAAUGCUGCACAGCGCUCCGCGUGGGUCACACCCCCACACGACUGUCACCAAGGCCAUUCUCCCUUAGGGGCAAAGACUACAGACUCCAGCUUUUCCUUUUCCCCAUAUAAUACACAAUAUUUCUAGACAGUCUUAAAACAAAGAAAAUAUAA